AUUAAAAAAAUAUUACUAUUGAUUACUGGCAUGAAUAUAUCAAGUAAAACUAAACAGUGCCAUUAAUUUAACAUGUUCUUACCUUUGUACUUACUUCUUUCUCUACUUUUUUUACUGAUCUAUGAUAUUAUCUUAAAUUUUUACAAGAAGCGAGCCCUUUUUAAGUUCUUUUUAGAACACAAUGGUCCAAGAUAUUAUCCGUAUAUCGGAACCAAUGCAUUUAAAGAUUCCAAUGCAUUUCAGACGUUCAUUAUACUAAAGAAACGAUAUGGAUUGCCGUACAGUAUGUGGAUUAAAAAUCAAUGUUACUAUGUAACAGAUAAUCCAAAAGAAAUAAAAAUAAUUUUAAGUCAUCCGCAAUGCUUUAACAAGGCAGAUUUUUAUAACGAUUCAGUUAAAACACUUUUGUUUAACGGUUUUGCGAUUACAGAAUUGUCAGAAAUUGACAAAUGGAAAUUAUAUAGAAGAUUUGCUGCAAAGAGCAUGAGACCUGUAAUGCUAAAACUCUUCACUACCACCUUUAAUGAAUUUGCUUGCUAUCUGAGCAUCAACUUUAAAGAAAAAAAUCAUUAUACCAACUUUGACGAUCUGGUUGGUACUGUAAACCAGAUUUCAUUUGGAAGUUUUAUGGUCAAUUUCCUCGGUAUUGAACAAUCGAGACUAAAGGAAUAUGAGGAUUUCCCAACUUGUAUGCAAGAAGGUUUAAGUUUGUCGUCAAAAAGAACUAUCGUCGAUAUGUUGAUGCCGCAGUGCUAUUUUAAAUAUUUUACGCCUCGUGGGAGAGAAUUUUAUAAAAUGAUUGAUAGAAUGAGAAAGGAGAUUUAUAGAGUAAUUCAAGGAAAACGAAAAUUACUAAAAGAAAAUAUUGGUGUAGGAGAUUCGUCAAAUAAUUUAAACUUUUUGGAUAGCUAUCUUCAAGAGGAGGGAAAUAAAUUCACAGACGAAGAGAUAUUCCAGCAAGUAUAUUUCUUAGCUGCAGCGGGUACAGAAACUUCAGCAACUAGUAUAAGUUUCUUCAUCUUAAAGGUUGGAAUGCAUCCAGAUAUACAGGAGAAAAUGUAUAAAGAAAUUAUUGACACUAUCGGAGACACUGAAACAAUUUCGAUAGACGAUUUGCCAAAGUUAAAAUACACAGAACAAGUAUUGUUAGAAAUAUUAAGACUGUAUCCCAUUUUGCCAGUUCUGGGCCGACAAGCCACGGAUAACAUUGAAUUGGAUGAGAAAACUCUUCCAAAGGAUUGUAACGUUGUUAUAACACCAUACCUCGUCCAUAGAAAUGAGAAAUAUUGGCCGGAUCCCGAGAAAUUUGAUCCGGAUAGAUUUUCUCCCGAACGUUCUAAGAACAUUGAACCUGGUUCGUAUAUCCCGUUUUUAUUGGGUCCUAGAGACUGCACAGGAAGAUAUUAUGCCAUGACGAUGAUGAAAAUAAUUGUGUCCAAUAUAAUAAAGAACUACCGGAUUGUUACCAAAUACCAAAGUAUAGAAGAUCUCGGAUUGUACUUUUUCAUAUCUCUGAGAACAUCAUCAAAAGUCGAUAUAGAGCUUAUUUCAAGACAAAAAUAGAAGCUUUCAGAUAACAGAAGCUUGCGUGAGCGCCGAGUUUACUGUGGUGCAUCUCACUGUCAUUAUGGAAAGUACCCAAAAUAUGAUUACGACAUAUUUUUUUUACUAAUUUUCUCUCAGAAUAAAAAUUUAAGACAUU